AUGGAGCGCAACGUACUUGGUGUGAAACGGACCGAGCGAAUUCGGAACACGACACUGCGCUCUCAAACUCAGAUUGCUGAUGUAGCCCAAAAAGCUGCGAAGCUGAAAUGGAGGUGGGCUGGUCAUGUCUGCUGCACGCCUGAAGACCUGUGGGCCGAGGUAACCAUCCAGUGGAGCCCCAAAAGCGUAGGGCACCGCGGCAGACCGAGGAAAGGAUGGCGUGACGAACUAGACGCCUACGACAAGGCUUGGGUCCAGUUAGCUCAAGAUCGGGAUGCGUGGAGGGAUCAGGAGGAGGCCUUUGCUCAGCAAUGGGAUACAUCAGGCUAA